GUCUGUGCCACCAUAAUGGUGCACAUGAAUGUCCUGGUGGAUGCUCUCAAGAGCAUUAACAAUGCUGAAAAGAGAGGCAAAUGCCAGGUUCUUAUCAGGCCAUGCUCCAAAGUCAUCCAGUUUCUAAUUGUAACGAUGAACCAUGGUUACAUUGGCGAAUUUGAAAUUGUUGAUGAUCAUAGAACUGGGAAAAUUGUUGGGAACCUCAUGGGCAGAUUAAACAAGUAUGGAGUGAUCAGCCCCAGAUUUGAUGUACAGCUCAAAGAUGUAGAAAAAUGGCAGAAUAAUCUCCCAUCUCACCAAUUUGGUUUCAUUGUACUUACCUCAGCUGGCAUCCUGGACCAUGAAGAAGCAAGAUGA